GAAUGGUAAGCUUGAAGGUUCAUAGAAAGACACAAUUUCCCUAGUAUGCAGCUCAAGUUAAAAAUGAAGAAUUUUUUCCCACAAUUAAAAAUGAAGAAUAGUGCUUCUGUUUACUUAAAACACAUGAUCUCUGUGUUGUGUUCUAUGGCCAAAAAUAAAUCAAUGGCCAUCAAAAGCAAAACGGACGCUAUGAGAGCGCGGCUCAUCGUGUUCUCAUUGGUGAAGAACAAGAAGCUCUCGCUCGAUUCCAUCACUCACAGGAUUCAUGCCAUACUAGGGCAGCAAAACAGGGGAGGCAGCCACGACGAGAGUGAUCAGAGCAGAGCCAUCGUGCUAUACAACGCCUCGGAGCCACACGGGAGUUCAGUUAGUAACACCCUGCAGCCCAGUAAGAGGCUGGAGGGCUAUGUAUACUACGACGAGGAUGAUGAUGAUGAUGGUAAGUAUCCGGAUCUCAGGCACUCGUUGUUUGACGAGGCUGAUGAGCUGGACUUGGGCGAUCCCAACGGAUCAGUGAUCGAUCUGGUGAGGAAUUCCAAGGAGGAAGGAGAGGAAUUCAGCCUUGAAGACGAGAUUGAUCACGUAGCCGACUUGUUUAUCAUGAAGUUUCAUAAGAAAAUGAGAAUGCAGAAGCUGGCUUCAUUCAAAAGGUAUCAAGAAAUGCUUGAGAGAAGUGCUUGAAACGUAUACUACUAAUAAUCAUUGAUGCAGAGGAACCAACAAAAAAAAAAAAGGGUCACUCAUCAGCUUUGCAAUUUCCCUAACUUCACAAGAUUGCCCGCCAGAAUUGAACUUCCUUGUCCUCUGAAUUUUUUUUUUUUUUUUUGAAAUAUUAUAUGAAUAAUGUCAAUGGGCUUGGUCUAGGGUACUGCUAUAUUUAGCCAAAACAUGUAAUGCUCCAUCUUUUCUUCUUCUGUACUGAAAAAUUACACAUUAAUGUAUUAAAACUAUUACUAUUA